AUGCUAUCCACCGUCCCCCUCAAUGUGGGACGCAAACGCGUCUUUAACUCCGUCUUCUCCCCCGCGUCGCUCGAAGCUCGGCCACCGUUCGCAUCUCUUUUCAAUCACGACCAGACCCCGUUCACCUCAUUCCAGUCCGAUGGCUCCUCCUCGACCGUUAAGACCGCGUCUCAAGUGACUGUCUUAUCUUCUGACAAGGAGCCACUCGUGGACCGACAAGCCUGGGACCAAGCGUGGUCUGCGGCAACUGUCUUUCUGUCGGUCCCAGACCGCGGGUUUGCGCCAAUCUAUGAAGCCAGAGACACCGAUGGAAAUGAAGCAUUGAAAGACUGGAAUAGACUCAGUCCUCCCUCGAAAGAGACUGGUGAGGCGCUCACGUAUCUAACAGCUGCGGCUCAGAAUGCGAGGACCACAUCAGGUACGACUGGGCCGAAGGACCUUUUUAGCUGGUAUGGAGAUGAAAUUCGGCGACACUUUUUGAUGAACCUUCGUGGCGGGCUUUGCGAGCUUUUGCGAACCCCCGAGAAAGAUGGUCUCUUACGAACGAUUGUCGACUGCUUACAACUCGUGCGUCGAAUCUACUUAGCGCCCAUCGUACACUAUCUUCUACCCUUACUACCGACGGCCGAGCAAGGACGGGUGUUGACUCACUUACAACGGGGCUUCCACACAGUUGUCUCAUACUCUCUUCCGUGGGCCGAGAUCUCGAAACUCCUAGCUGAAGAUCUCGCACAAGAAUCUCUGGUCAUUCUGGGAAUCGAUACAUUACUCGAAGAAUCAAACUCCGACGAAAACAGCCAGGAUGGUAUGGAAGUGGACCGGCAAUACUCCGUUUCAUACGAAGAAUGGAAGCAGGAAAGCACAGAAAAUCGAGCACACAUGAUGACGGAGGGCGAACAAGACAAUGUUACAAUUGCUCGAGAUCGCCUUCUAGCUUUUCUUAAUGGCUUACAGCUCGUCGGCCUUGGUGGUGACAAAGCCCAAAAAGUGUUUGCCGGCGUGAUGAACAUUAUGAUGACCGAGUUUGUUCGCUCAGCGUACACUGGAAAGUGGGAAACGCCGACCUCUGCUACUCAACACUUAGGAAAUUGGAUUGAAGAUGUCUUUGCGCGGCUCGCUGUCCAGGUUCUGGCUAUCAUCCACACGCCACCAUCUGGGAACCAAACAUCCGGCUCUCUGGAUGUGAGCUUUGGGGAUGUGGAAAAGUGGCAGGAAAUCGGCAUCGCUCGCUUGGGAGCUCUGCGGACCAGUGAGCUAUUCGAUGUGAUCGUCGAUUGGCCUGCAAGCAGUGGCGCCGUUGAGGAUUUGCGACACUUCACAACACAUCCGGCGGCGAGGGCCUAUGUCACGCAGUCGUUUAUUAAAAUUCUAAAUCAGCGCCUGCUGCACCCUGGUGCCUCGACUGUUGAGAUAUUACAGCUGUACAUCUCGAUUAUUCGGGCAUUCCACCUCCUAGAUCCUAAGGGAGUCCUUCUGGACCGUAUCGCUCGACCGAUUCGACGAUAUCUGAGAGAUCGCGAUGAUACCGUAAAGGUGAUCGUCAGUGGCUUGCUUGCUGAACCACAGACCGCAGAGAAACAAGCUUUGCCUUCCAGUGGCGACACAUUGGUAGAGCUGUCCACAGAGCUGGCAAAGGCACACCAACUAUCUAUGCAGAACAACACUAGUGAACUGGACUGGGAUGAUAUGAACUGGGUACCAGACCCGGUCGACGCUGCACCCGACUACCGAAAGUCGAAGAGUUCCGAUGUCAUCGACAGUCUAAUCAGCUUGUUUGAUUCCAAAGAAACAUUCGUCAAGGAACUGCAAGCUCUCCUGGGCGACCGUCUCCUACAAAGACGCGAAGAUUUCGAUCAAGAGAUCUCUGUUCUGGAGCUCUUAAAGGUCCGAUUCGGUGACUCGGCCCUACAAGCCUGCGAAGUCAUGCUUAAGGACAUAUCCGAUUCCCGCCGCGUCGACACCAGCGUCCGCAAAGACCAAGGCCUCUCCAAGCCCCCAAGCCGCAUGCACACCAAACGACCAACCGUACAAAUCCCCGAACUCCACGCCAAGAUCCUCUCACGCUUCUUCUGGCCAGAAAUCCAAGACCAAGAAUUCAAAGUACCCGACGAAAUUGCCUACCUCCAACAUCGCUACUCAACCGGCUUUGAAAGCCUCAAACAAUCCCGCAAACUCACUUGGCGCAAUGGUCUCGGCCAAGUAACCGUCGAACUAGAACUAGGCGAUCGAACCUUCGUAGACGAGGUCUCAACCUGGCAAGCAACAGUCAUUUACGCCUUCCAAUCCGACGACGAGGAAACCACGAAAAUGAUCACAGACCUCGCCUCCGAAUUAGACAUGGCUCCUGCCCUAGUCCGCUCCGCUUGUCUAUUCUGGGUUAGCAAGCGCAUUCUUACGGAAGUAUCCCGCGACACCUUCCGCGUCCUCGAAUACCUUCCCGCCGAAGCAGAAUCUCAAGAAGACUCAGCAGACGUGCCCGGUCAAUCUACAGACACAGCCAACGCUGCCGCUGCGGCCGAAGCAGCGGCCGCUGCAGCUGCAAAAGAAACAGCCGACGCUGCGGCAAUGGAGAAAAUGAAUCUGUACUGGCAGUUCAUCCUGGGCAUGCUUACGAAUCAGGGAGCUAUGCCUUUGCAGAGGAUUGUUAUGAUGUUGAAGAUUGUGGUGCCGGGUGGGUUUCCGUUUAGUAAUGAGGAGCUGAGGGAGUUCCUUGCUGGUAUGGUUUCGAAGGGGAAGGUUGAGAUUGCUAGUGGGGGGAAUUAUAAGCUUGUACAUUAA